GGACAUGGUACGUCCCCAUCUGUCUGCCGGAGGGAGGAUCGGGGAGCUGUUCCAUCCUCCGCUUCCUCCUCCCUCCCCUCCAGGGUUCUGCUUGGGACCUUCCCAGCCCGGGACACGUCGCCGCAGCAGAAGCAGAGAAGCAACAGUCGGGAGGAAGAGGAGGAGGAGGAGGAGGAGGCAGCUGCUUCUGCCUUGCCUUCCCGCUUAGAGGGAGCACCCGGAGUUCCGCCUUCACCUUUUUCUUCAGGUGUUUCCCAAAAAGGUUUGGGCAAUGAACAUUUAAAAUGGACCCAGAGGAACAGGAGCUGCAUGGUGAUUAUCGAUACAGAAAUUAUUCUUCGGCAAUUGACAAAGCUUUGAGGAACUUUGAAUCUUCAAGUGAAUGGGCAGAUCUUAUAUCUUCUCUUGGUAAACUUAACAAGGCUCUUCAAAGUAAUUUGAAAUAUUCCCUUUUACCAAGACGCCUGAUAAUCAGCAAAAGAUUGUCUCAGUGUUUACAUCCAGCUUUACCUAGUGGAGUGCAUCUAAAAGCGCUAGAAACUUAUGAAAUAAUAUUUAAAAUCAUUGGAACCAAAUGGCUUGCAAAGGACUUGUUUUUAUACAGCUCAGGCCUGUUUCCCUUGCUGGCAAAUGCAGCAAUGUCAGUAAGGCCUGUUCUUCUUGGUCUAUAUGAAAAGUAUUUUAUCCCACUUCAGAAGUCCCUGCUGCCAAGUCUCCAAGCCUUCUUAAUAGGGCUUCUGCCUGGACUAGAGGAAGGGUCAGAAAUCUAUGAGAGAACAGAUGCUUUGCUUGUGAAAUUGUCCCUAGUAAUUGGCAAAGAAGUGUUUUAUUCAGCACUAUGGGGGAGUGUACUAGUUAGUCCUUCCAUAAGGCUACCUGCGUCCCUUUUUGUUGUUAGUCACAUCAACAGAGAAUUAUCGGGAAAGCAGCAAAAUUAUAUGCUGGGCACUGAUGGGAAACUCACGAUCAAAGCUUUCUGUGUGUCGAUGCUGGAUUCAAAUGUUCUUGUACAAAGAAACAUUUUGGAAGUGGUCCUCUUCUUCUUCCCAUUUUAUUCAUCUUUGGAUCCCAAUGAAAGUGCCAUUCCACUAUCUAGAACUGACAUAGUUCAUCUUCUCUCAGCGGCUACCCAAACUCUCUUAAGAAGGGAUAUGUCCUUAAACAGAAGGUUAUAUGCAUGGUUACUAGGUUCUGAUAUCAAAGGAGGUACUUUUGUACUGGAUUCAUCUAUUUCCAUGUCUGAAGAAGACCAUGCCCUCUAUUUCUUUGGAAAAUAUUCCAAAGAUCUUUUAGUUGAGGGACUGAUUGAAAUCCUGCACCAGAAAUCUACAGAAUCAGAUUUGGAUGAACAACAUAACGCCUAUUUGAAACCAUUCCGCAUUCUCGUCAGCUUACUUGACAAACCUGAAAUAGGGCCACCGGUUGUUGCUGAUUUGUUUCUUGAAGUGAUCAGAGCAUUCUAUGGCUAUUGCAAAGAGACAGUGGGUUCUGAUCUUAAGCUCAGCUAUAGUCAAACUGGCAAUGUUCUUAUAAGUGCUAUAAGAGAAAACAAGAAUGCAUCCGAAAUUGUUAAAACAGUUAACCUGUUGAUCACAUCCUUAAGCACAGAUUUUCUUUGGGAUUAUAUGACCAGAUGUUUUGAAGAUUGUUUCAGAAGUACAUCAAUGCAGACACAACUUCAUACUAAGCUUGCAACAGUUUCAGAACUCUGCACACUGCUGGUAUUUCUUCUAGAUGUGAUACCAUUGGAACUUUACUCCGAAGUGCAGUCUCUGUAUCUGCCACAGAUGCUCAGCUGUAUUUUGCAAUCACUCCUUGAAAACAUGGAAACUCUAAGUUUACCAGAACUCACUCAUGCCUUAAGGACAUCUUUCAAAGUGCUUAGCAAAGUCCAGAUGCCUCCUGCCUACCUAGGUACUGAAACAGGAAGCUCAGACACUAGCCCUGUAAAAGAAGAAAACCAGGAACUAACUGUGGAAUCCAAAGUUCAUCAGAAUGAGCCAGACACUCCUUUUCCGCCACUCAAGUCUGAAGACAGUGGCAUUGCUCUUAGUGCUUCGUCACCAGAACUGUCACUGCACCUGAGAGUGCCUAGAAUAGUCCCUGAGAAAGAUGAUGUCUGGAAGAAAGGUGGCAGCAUGCAAAAGGCCUUGCAUUGUAUCCAAGAGUUGGUUGCAAAGUUUUCCAGUAAAUACAUAUUUGCAAUUGAUUUGCAAUAUUCCAGUAAUGGGAAUAUUCCCGCAAUACCUGUAAGACAGGAGGAGAACAAAGGAAGGCAUCGCCAAAGUUCUGGAAAUAAUGGCAAGAAAAGACGCUCAUGGGACUCCAAGCAAAUCACUGUGCCUCAGUUUAAGCAGAUGCUGUCAGACUUAUUCACUACCCGAGGAUCACCAUUUAAGCAGAAAGGUCUAGACCCUCCUACUCUUUCCGAUGACCAUGAUAGGCAAAGGGUAAAAGAGGAGGAAGAAUGGGACAUUGACCAGGUUAUGCUUGACUUGGGAGACAUAAAAGAGGACUGCAGAGAGGCCUUUGCAGCUGUAUGCCACCUCUUAUUGGAUUGUACUACAUUCCCGGUCUAUCUUUCCGAAGAAGAAACUGAGCAGCUCUAUUUGUCUCUUUUUCAAGUGCCUGGAGGCUGUGAAUCCAGUUUCCCCAUGUGGCUCAAAUCCUUGAUGACAAUAUGUUGUUGUGUAAAUGACUGCUACAUUCAAAAUGUGGCCAUCUCUGUACUGCUAGAAAUAAUCAACCAUUCCCAGUCAUUAGCACUGGUUAUUGAAGACCGAAUGAAACGAUAUAAAAUUCCUGGGCAAAAUCCCUUCUUUGGAAGAUUGCAGAUGGUCACAGUUCCUCCUAUUACUCCUGGAGUUCUGAAGCUAAUUUCAGAAAAAACUGAGUUCUAUCAGAGAGUUGCUCAGGUGCUUUGGGACCAGCUAAACAAUGAGAAAAGAGAGCAUCACAACACUUGUGUGGAGCUGUUCUACCGUUUACAUUGUCUAGCUCCCUCAGCUAAUAUUUGUGAAGACAUCAUCUGCCAUGCCUUAUUGGAUCAUGAUAAAGGGACAAGGUUAGAGGCACUUUUCCGAUUCUCUAUCAUGUGGCAUUUGACUAGAGAAAUCCAAGGGAGCAGGGUGACAUCCCAUAAUCGAUCUUUUGACAGGUCUCUAUUUGUUGUACUUGAUAGUCUUAAUUGUUCAGAUGGUGCAAUUGGUGCUGCAGCACAGGGCUGGUUGAUUCGAGCCUUGUCACUUAAUGAUGUUGCACGGAUUCUUGAGCCUGUUCUUCUGCUUUUGCUUCAUCCCAAGACACAGCGCACUUCAAUCCACUGCAUCAAACAGAAGAACUCAGCAGAAGACAUGAAUCUCUGGUAUAAGAAGAAAAAAAGCAGCUUCUUGGAGUCCUUGGGAGCUCCUGGACUACAUGAAAGCAGUUCUGAGGAAAGUUUGCCAUUGAGCCAAUUUACAACUGUGGACAGGGAAGCUAUAUGGGCUGAAGUUGAAAAAGACCCAGAGAAAUGUUUGCUUAAUAACCUUUCUCAGUGUGCAGAAGCUGAACAAGACCUGGACGAGGAAGAUAACAGUGAGCAUACAGAGUCUGCGGAUACUAGCACUGGGCCAGUCGACAGUGAUAAUACAUCAUCCUUUUCUCCUUCUUUGGACCAGCAAGAUAUGAGCAGUGAAGAGACCCACAGUGCCUCAAUCGAUGACAAAGAAAUCUUUAAACAUGUUGGUUCUUCUAAUAUUUAUCCUCCUGACAGCUCCAAAUCCAGUACCAUGCUGAACCUGGUGCGUGCAGAUUCUGAAAAAACACAAGCAUCAGAAUCUCUCUCAAGUGAUGAGGAGAUAGAUGUAGAGCUCCAAGCACUUACUACAUCUAGGUUGCUAAAACAGCAGAAGGAGAAACAGGAGAUAGUUGAGGCUCUAUUCAAGCAUGUUCUCUUGUACCUGCAGCCGUAUGAUUCCAAAAGGGUCUUAUAUGCUUUUUCUGUACUUGAGGCAGUGCUCAAAACAAACCCUAGAGAGUUUAUUGAAGCUGUAGCUACUACGAGCAUGGACACCAGCUCAACAGCUCAUCUGAAUCUCAUCUACAAUCUUCUAGCACGCCAUCAGGAAGCUCUUGUGGGACAAAGCUUCUAUGGAAAGCUUCAGACUCAGUCACCAACUGUGUGUCCCCAUUCAUUAUUAAUAGAAUUGCUGACAUACCUCUGUCUGAGUUUCCUGCGUUCUUAUUAUCCAUCUUACUUAAAGGUGGUGCACAAAGAUAUACUUGGUAAUAGGGAUGUCCAAGUUAAAAGUGUUGAAGUCUUGAUCAGGAUGAUGACACAGUUGGCAGCAAUGGCUAAAUCAACAGAGGGCAAGAACAUAGAAUUUAUUCGCCACUUGCUUGGAGGAUGCAAAAUUCAAGAGUUUGUCCUUCUUUCUCUGUCUGCUUCUAUGUAUGUCAGUCAGAAAUGCUACGAACAUGUAAUGACUAAUAAGACUAAUGGCUGCAGUGAUAUCUGUGUCCUUGAAGAGAGUCUCAUCAAUUUUGGUCGUGAUCAGAUUUGGAGUGAACACCCUUUACAAAUUGAGCUUCUUAAACUCCUCCAAGUGUUGAUAGUCCUGGAGCACCACCUGGGACAGACUCAGGAGGAACCUGAGAACCAGCCAGGUCUGUCGAAGGAAUGGCAAAGAGCUCUGAAUUUUCAGGAGGCAAUUAGUGCCAUGCAGUAUGUGCAUCCACAUCCUAUAACCUCUCAAGGAUUAUUUGUGUCUGCUGUUGUUCGGGGCUUACAACCAGAUUAUGGGUAUGGCAUGCAUCCAGCAUGGGUGGGCUUGGUUGCAUACUCUUUGCCCUACUUUGGAAAGUCUUUAGGAUGGACAGUGGCACCAUUUAUUGUACAGAUAUGCAAGAACCUGGAUGAACUUGUCAAACAGUAUGAGCAUGAAACUCAAAAGAUGUCAUCCAAAGUGUCUGCAAGCAUGCAUUGUAAAAGGGAGAACAUUACACCAGAUUAUCCUCUAACUCUUUUAGAAGGUCUAACUACCAUUGGUCAUUUUUGUCUUUUGGAUCAACCAAACCAAAUAAAAAAGUCAUCUCUGAGUGCUGACCCAACAAGCCUAAGAAAUGCCAGGAAUGCCAUUCUGGAAGAGCUUCCCCGCAUCAUUAAUACCAUGGCUCUCCUUUGGAAUGUCAUAAAAAAAGAAGAAUCCCAAAAAAGACAAGCAGACUUUCUUGGAACAAAAGGAUCUUCUUCAGUUUACUUUAAGGCUACUAAAACAUUGAAGGAUAAAAUCCUGGACUUCUUGAACCCACUCACUGGACACCUUGGAGUGCAGCUUGUAGCUGCAGUGGCAGCAGUGUGGAACAGCAAAAAAUCUCAUAAGCAUCACAUCAAACCAAAGAUUCCUCCUGUAGUGAGUUCAUCUCAGAAUGUACUCCUUGAUCUGGUUUGGUCACUUAAUACUCUGAAGAAUGAAACUAUAUUGCAGCUAAUAAAAGAAGUUGUCAAGAAGCCAUCCCAGAUCAAAGGGGAAGAGAAGGCUACCCUAGUGGAUAUCCCAGUGCUCCAGUUCUGCUAUGCUUUCAUACAAAGACUUCCUAUCUCGGCCUUGCAAGAUAACUUCCAAUCAUUAUUAGUAGUGCUGAAGGAAUCUGUGCAAUUGAAUUUGGCACCACCUGGAUAUUUCCUGCUCCUGAGCAUCCUGAAUGAUUUUGUGACUAGAACUCCAAAUCAAGAAAAUAAGAAGGAUCAGAAAGACCUACAGGAGGUAACCCAGAAAAUAUUGGAAGCUGUGGGAAAUGUUGCUGGUUCGUCCCUAGAACAAACUAGUUGGCUGAGUAGGAACCUGGAGGUGAAAGCCCAGCCUCAGGUUUCUUUAGAGGAAUUCCAUGUUGAAGAUGAUUUGUGUGAUACUUCAGCAAUACCUUCUUCAAUGGUUUCUGCCUCUGCUCCAUCAGUCUAUAGCGUUCAAGCCCUCUCUCUCCUUGCAGAGGUUCUUGCUUCUCUCCUGGAUAUGGUUUAUCGAAGUGAUGAAAAAGAGAAAGCAGUGCCUUUAAUCUCACGUUUGCUGUAUUAUGUGUUUCCUUACUUACGCAAUCACAGUGCCUACAACCUUCCAAGCUUCCGUGCUAGCACUCAGUUACUCAGUUCCCUAAGUGGCUAUGCCUAUACCAAACGGGCAUGGAAGAAAGAUGUUCUUGAGCUGUAUAUGGACCCAGCUUUUUUCCAGAUGGACACUUCCUGCAUUCACUGGCGAGCCAUUAUUGAUCAUCUUCUUACACAUGAGAAAACUAUGUUUAAAGAUUUGAUGAAUAUGCAGAGCAGCUCCUUAAAACUUUUUCCAAGUUUUGAACAAAAGGCAAUGUUGUUAAAGCGUCAGGCUUUUGCCAUUUUCAGUGGAGAAAUUGAUCAAUAUCAUCUUUACCUACCCUUAAUACAAGAGCGAUUGACUGACAACCUGCGUGUUGGACAGACUUCCAUAGUAGCUGCACAAAUGUUCCUGUUUUUCAGGGUUCUAUUGCUAAGAAUUUCUCCUCAACAUCUAACCUCAUUAUGGCCAAUCAUGGUGACAGAACUGAUUCAAACAUUUAUACAACUAGAGGAAGAGUUAGCUGAGGAAGAAGAACCAGCAAAAAACAAUAGCAAAAUUAGCAAACAAAAAGUAUCAGAUGGCAACAGUCUCUUGCUUGGUGACAUACAGCAGAAUGAACUGAAUUUGUAUUUAUCAGCUUGUAAAUUCUUGGACACUGCACUUUCUUUCCCACCUGACAAGAUGCAGUUAUUUCAAAUGUAUAGGUGGGCAUUUGUCCCAGAGGUCGAUGCACAAGCAUACAGCAUGUCUUCAGAUCUAAUGGAAAAUCACCAAGAAUGCAAACCGCAUGCUGUUAGAAUUAUGGAUUUAUUAAAGUUGAAAUAUGGGGAACAAAAUACCAAUGAAAGAAAAACAAAACACCACAGCUUUCCUCUUUUGGAUCUUCAUUCCAUAUCAAAUAUCACACAGUUAAUGCCAUUCUUCAAGAUACUGAGCUGUGCUUUUAAAACAGAGAGCAAUAAACCACUCAGCAUGAAUAACUCAAAGUCCCUCAGAAUGGACUAUCCUGUUGGCAGUGGCACAAGGACCUUAAGACUAUUAGAAGAGUGUGUGGAACGUGAUUUUAUAGAAAAUAUGGAAAAUUAAGCUUCUUUAAAUAGAGUUCCAUGAUUAUUUGAAGCUUGUAGCUGUCAUACAAUUACUUUACAGAAAGGCUGUAAAUACAAGAAUGAAAUAUUUUAAAGUUUAGGGUUCAUCUCAUUUUUGUGUUUGUUUUUACUUCUAAUGUAUUUUACAGUUGUUCUGUGGAUAAUUGACCUGCUGCCCUCAUAUCUGUGGGAACAAGUUGGAAGAAUAAUUUAUGCAUUUCCUAAAGUGAAGGUUUUUUUUUUUUUACUUUGAAAGAAAAACAAAGCAUGUUUGAGUUACUCAAUAGGCAACAGGUUUGCUUCUUAUCUGAUCAAGAUUGGCUUUAAGAUUUCAGAGUUGAAGGAAACAUUUAAAAGCAAAACCUCUAGAAAUAUAUAGCCAAGUCUGACAUACUGGUAGAUGAAGACAUUCUUUUAAAAUAAUUUUAGUUCUGUCUCUAAACAUUUUCACAUUAACAUUGCAAACAAAGUUAGCAUGCUAUUAAUAUUUCAUUCUAGCAAUUCAAUAUCCCAUGAAACAUUUGUAUGACUCUUCUGACAUAACUUUCACAGUCGUAGCCCGGAAGCUUAUAUUUACUCAUCUUACUGAACCAAACAGGACUCCUUUAUAGGAAUGGCCUUUAACCAUAUAUUUUGCUGUACUUUUAGAAGACGUAUUCUUCUAAAAUUAAGAAGAAAAUAUAGACUAAUUUGAAACUCCUGGUUGCCUUUUUCUGGUUGUUCAAUUGGUACUAAAUUGUCAUAGGCCUAUAAGGAUUUUUAAAGAAUAUGGUACAUAAGGACAGUACAGAUCAUGCAAAAUGUGUGUCUAUCUAUACUAUUAUACUGCAUUAGAAGUACAUAAUUUUCUAAGCAAAUAGUUUACAGUUCUGUGCUGAAGCAUCUGUGCAGAUACAAUAUUUACUCUAAGCAUUACAUAAGAAUUGAGACUACUCUUUAUAUUGUGAUUUAAUUUGGAAGGCAUUUGAUUCUAGCCCUUUCUUUUUAAAGCAAUUAUAAUGCACGAGUACAGCCAGGGAAAAUAUUGUUUAUAAUAGCUACAAAUAGUAACAAAAUGAUUAUGUAUUGAACAUAAUACAAGCUUGCUCUUUACAUUUGUUGUAUAUUUACUGUUUUUGUAUACUCUUCUAAAGAAUAAUAUUUCCUUAGCAUGUAUUCUUCUCUUUCCAAUGUGUCCCAGGACUGAGUUCUUGCUGUAGAUCUAGCACUUUUCACUAACAUUUGAACACAAUCCAGCCAAACUUGAACCUUUAUGAUUUAAUGAGAAACUAGAACAUCUACUUAAAUUUCUAUUGAAAUCAAUAGAGCUUUUCCCAGGCUUAGGUUAGUCUGGAUUGUGCCCAAGAUUGUUGUGCAAUAUUAUUUCAACAGAAGUGUGUUCAGAUGUUUAAUGCAAGUGUUUUUAUUUCAUCACUGUCACUACUUUUUUCUAAGUAUCCACUGGUAUCAAAAACACCUGGUGUAUGGUAUGAAGGUCUCAGACAUACUGGCUAGAUUUAUUUCAGCACUUAAAACAGGUGAUUUACUUGCAUAUUUUACCUACCUAUGAGUUAAUAAUAGGUAUUUCAUAUUCAUUUUGAUAUUGGCUUUAUUGUUCACAAUCUUGAAAAGGACUAAAAUGUAAAGCAUUAUUCACGUGUUAAUAUUUUUGUAGACAAAUGGACUUAAGUUUAUAAACCUGUAUUUUUCAUUAUGAAUGUGAACUCUUCUGAAUGUAAAUUAUGUUGCUAUUUUGAUCACUGAUGUGAAGAGGUAGUAUCUAUUAUAAAGCAAAUAAUGCUGCUCAAUAUUAUGUAUUCCUAAUCAUUUGGAACCCUAAACAUUUUCAAAGUGCAAACAAAUGUUGCUAAUGCUCAGGGAAACACAUACUUGUCAUGUGCAAUGCCAGUUUUGACAAGAACUCUCUCUUGCUCUAUUUUGCUUCUAUCCGUACUGGUCAAGUGCAACUAGUAUGAGAUAUUUCACUAUGCGGUUAAAUGUAGAAUUCCAUGUUCAUCACAGAAGGAAAACUUAGCAUCAUUUUAGUAACUUGUUUUUCCACUCAAUUUUAUAUCCAUCUUUUUUCAUCAUCUUCUAUUUUUUCUGUUGCCUUUGAAACUAUCCUAUCCGUGAUAUCGCAUUUAUAUUUUCUGGUUUUUUUUAUCACCUAACUAAAUCAACUGCUUUACCAAAAGAGCUGCUGUCUGGUUUCUAAUAGGGAUCAUUUUUGCAUAAGGUAGAAUCCACUAAACAACUUACUACAUAACACUUAGUCUCACAAAAUACAUUUUAUGGAGGGGAAUUGCGAAGUUGGAGUCAUGAUCACCUGGAAAACUGUAAUGUUUCUGAGUGCAUUUUCUCCAUGGUUUCACAGCUAGAUUCAUCACAUCAAUAUUAGCCAAUUAAUUUGAUUUAAAAUGAUAUUUACUUCUAAAACUUGAAAGCAAGUUGGUUUGGAGAUAACAUUUCAGACUACUAUUGAUAACUAUUUGGUAACUAGCAAUAUCAAAUAAAGAGUGAAAAACUAAUAGCUUUUAAUGGAUACUAUUGCUGUAAAAUUACUGAUUGAGUAGAUACAACCUUAGAAAAUAUACUCUUUAUGAAAAAAGAAGACACUGGAGAUAAGUUUAUGUUGUUUAAAAUUAUUGCCAAAGAAGAGUCAGAAUUUUAUUUGGCAAAUGAGGUCAUGACUGCUGUGUAAGGCUGUAGUGUGUUUUUGAAUGUAACUUUCAUAUUAAACGUUGUGUUUAAAUACA